AUGUUACUAAUGCUUGGGUCCGCCCCGCGCUCAUUGCCAGCACGGCUGGCUUGUCGUCGCUAUACAGAUCGGCGCAUCCCUUCCAUUAUUCGAAGGUCGGUCGCAAACACGGCUUCCAGUGCCCGCCCCAUUGCCUAUACUUGGCUCACGCAGACUCCAGGCGCGAUCACCCCAGACGAUAUCAUUUCGAGUGCGCCUUCUUACCCCGAAUAUCUACCACGAUCCGAUGAUGUUCCUAUCUUUCUCGUGACCUGCGCUUUCGCAUCAUGGAUCGAGUUGUCGUCUCACACAUUCCCUGAACAAUGGAUGAGCCACUUUUUUUCAGGGUCCACCGAUCCUGUGAAUUCUAUCUUCGCAAUUGUCGAUAAGCUUCCUGAUACUCGACCACACGCACUACAGAAUGGGGAAAGCCCCAGCGCCCAGGAAGCCGACGGGAUAUCGGUGCUGUUAGUUAAUAGGGACAAUGUACAAGGUCAGCUCGCUGCGCCUCGCCGGGCACGAAGCAUGGAGGCCACAGAUUCAGGACUAGUAUUCUCAAUUCCGACAAGCGAUACUCAGGCAUCGAAUGGAGGAUUUAAGAAAUCCAUCCAUGAAGUAGGCCUGCGACUUGCAAAUACGAUCUUCAUCAAUGGAAAGGAGAAUACUCUCUUUGGAGCCCGUUGGAUCUACAAUACUGCUGCAAAGAGAUAUACACUCGACCGUGCGCUGGACUUGUCGAACUGCAUUGUCACUUCACCAGCAGCGAACGUUAGCGACUCUUUCGAGCUUCCAUUGUACCCCGUCGGGCAGCGAAGGAGGGUCAUUUCCAGUAUGGGAAACAUUCUCCGUCAAUUGUCCAAACAUACAGAUAAACACUCCCAAGAUCCCAUGCCAGCUUCCUUGGAGCUUGAGAAGGAUCUCCCUCGCUACAUUGCCGAACACAACAUCACUGACCAAAGGGUCUCCGUUUGGGCUUUAAUUGAGACGUCCGAGGAGGGCUACACGGCAGGCAAGGAGGCUUCUCAAGAAAGCCUUAUCGAGGCGAUCCGGAAGGGCGGUAAACUCCACCGAGUGAUGAGUGGCGGAGGAGGAUGGGGCAAGAAACAGGGCCUUCUAUCAUUAGACCCUGAAACAACAUUCAUGGAAUCAACCCAGAAAGACAGGCUACUGGGGCUCGAGGGACUCUUUACUGCGGGCGAUGCGGAAGUCUCGACGAAUUCACUGCCGUCGCCUCCGCCGCCGCCAUUCGAGAUGCGCGGCUUCGGCGAGGAUCUUUCCACUCUCUCGCAGGCUGCAGGGCCUGGCGACUACGUCCAAUUCUUCGUUUCCGUUGAACCUAGUCAUCCAGAUUGGCCGGCAUCUCGGACUGGAGGCAAUGCCUUCCAUUUCGGCGUUGUCUCGGACGCCGAGGCUGUUCCUUUGCAAAGGGAAUCUGCUGAACAGAAAGACCUUCGGGUAGUUCCUGGCUACUUUGGUGGGCUGUCGGAGAAAGCUAUAACCUACGUGCAACCCAUGGCUGGGAAAGAGUCAACUGGGGAAGUGCACGAAUCGAGCUCGAAGUUCGACAUUCCAGGAUGUCGGGUGGCAUUAGAGCUGAACUGA